CGGAGGCCAUAUUUUUGGUCGGCCGAUGGAUCGACACCGCUGGUUCGAGCGCCGUCGCCGCCCCGCGCGCCGCUCCCACGUCGAGCCCCGGCCUCGCUUCUGGCCCUGGAGCCCAUGGACCGUCGGCGACACUCGACGGUCCGCGAUGACGACCCAUGCGCCGCCGCCGCCUCGACUGACCCGCAAAGAGCGCCUGGCCCUCGCCGGUGUCGCGCACCUGCUACUACUGACGCCUGUGAUCUAG